UUAGCCAACACUUGACCCCGUCUUCAGCGUUUUCGCAAUUUUUGCUGAUUUUACAUUUUAAUUUACUAAAAUGUUGAGCGACGAUGAUGAACUGAACAUCUACGGCGACUUGGACGACUUCCAGAAUGCCGAGGAGAAGAAAUCCAAAGAGCUGGAGGCCUGGGAGACCAAGUACAAAGGCGCACAGGCCGAAAUCGAGGGCUUAAAGGCGGAAAACAAAGCGCUCGGCAAGAAGAUCAAAGCCAUGGAAGUAAAUCUACAGAAUCUCAUGGACACUGCCAAGGCGGAGAUCAAGCGAAAGGAGUCGAUGAUUACGCAGCUGCGCAAGGAGAAAGACGACAUAUGCUUCAGGCGUAAGCGGGGACGAGCGGAAGAGGAUGCCAAGGAUGUAGGCCAAGAGCACAAACGCUCCAAGCUGUCGGAACCCGGGAGCAACAAGUUUAAGUCUGCGCACGGCAAUGACCACGAGAAUGAACGACCCAAGCAGGCAGAGCACAAGACUGCGCUCCCCACGGAGUCCAAGCACUCAGAGCACCAACGACCGAAGCUACUGGCGGAACCUACGACCAAUAGAGUCAAGAUUGAAUCCAAGGAGCUGGGAAAGCACAAACUGGAGGAAACUGCAGUCAAUAAAUUCAGAAUUGAGCCCAAAAUGAGUGAGAAAAUGCAUCACCAAAAGAGCUCAACAGGUGGAGAGGCAAACAGGGACAGCAAGCGCACAAUUCGCAGCAGAUCGCCCAGGGAGGAGCCACACAAGAGCAACGAUCGACACGGACGCUCCGACAGCCGUUUGAAGGAACGCGAGCGACGCCGCAGUCGCAGUCGCAGCGACAAACGUUCCCACCGGCAUGAGCCACAUCAUCGCAGUCGCCAGAGCAAGGACCGCGGCAGCAAAAGGAGUAGUGCUUCGCGAUCUCCCAAUCGAACAGCAGCCGCAAAGCCCAGUGCUAGGCAGCCACAUGACGAUCGCUCCAGAGGGGCACAGAAAGCAGGCACAGUGAAGACGCUCUUCGGUGAGGAGACAAACGACAAAGUUCCAGCAACUCCCAAUGUGGAAAUGAUUAAGAAAAUGCAAGAAAAUGCGUCACCAGCGACGCCUCAAGAGUUGUACACACCAGAAAACAAACAGCAGGCCAUCGGAGGGGAAAAGCCCGCCAAAAACGAGGAGAUCAGCAGAUCAACUAUUGAUGGUUACUUCCAGGUGAAACCUCAAGCCAAAGACUGCUCCCUGAGAGCGUCACAAGCUGAGACGAAGACACAGGAGGAAGCUGUCCAGGAGACUCUGAAGGCGGCGGAACCAACAGCUGGAAUCUUUUCUUGGGGCAGCAAUACGGCUAAGCAGCAGAUACCAGGAUUAGAUAUGAUUUGUCAGCAGCAGUCGCCUAUGAAGAAUAACACUCAAGCCUUGAAAGAGCCGGAAGAUGUUGAGACUUUGGGUACUGCCAACUCAGAUGCCAUCGAAGAUUGCAUCAUUUAUGGUACGGAGGAAAAGAUUACGCGUCCCUUAGAGGAUUGUCGGCAGACAGAUUCGAACGAGAAAGUGCAGCAAAAGCCAGAGAGGCUGUCGCUGAAGCCAGCACCAACACCCGAAGCUCCAGUCAAAGGCGAGGCACUCAACUGCGCAGCUCCAAGCAAACACGAAGAUAAUUCGUUGGAAAUCGAAGAGCCAAGCACAAAAACUAAAACUAAAUCGAAAGAAAAGAAAGGAAAACUCAUUCCAAAAGUCAUCGCCGCCACAGCACAAGUGGAGGAUCAGGAAACGAAGCCAGCAAGUUCCGAAUUAAACGCAACAGCAGCAGCAGUGACUCACAAACCGUCAGAGAUCUCAGACUUAAAGACACCCACCAAAUGCUCGGACACGAUUCUAGAUGAUGAUUGUCCCACACCAAGGCGUGACACUGAAACUUCUGAGAUUCAAGCAGCAGAAGAGCUUGCAAGACCGACAAAAGGUUCAGCGAGGAACACAAUUUCGGAGCGUCCCAUCCAGACUGCCGCAGCCAUUGAAAUAAUUGAGGAUAUUCGUUUGCCAGUGAUAGUUGAUAUCGAGAAUAUUGCCUUGACUGUCGAUGUGCCAUUUGAUUCGUCAUCGGAAAUGACUAAAGAUGGGAGCGCAGCAGCCCAAGACUUAGAUGUCGUUGAUGGUAAGAAAGAGAACGAGGCUGAGGCUGAGGCUGAGGCUGAGCUUGGCAAGAAGGCAAGUUGUGUGGCUGAGGAUAUGCAGAUUGAAGGGCAGGAAACUGUUGCAGAUGAGACGAAGGCUGAUGGAUUAGCAGACAAAGCUCAAGGGGUAGGGAUGGAAGUGCCUGUAGCUGAGACAACUGCAAAUGAGACUGUGCCUACGCCUGAAGCCCCUGAAACGCCUCCUGCCAUUGAGACUCUUUCAACUGCAACUCACGUAUCAGAAAACGAAGCUGAGACUGAGACUCCAGAACCUGAGACGCCUGUGAUAGAGCUUGCAGCUACUAAGACGAACAAUGAUACGAUGGAGGCUGCUGUAAAUGAGACUCCAGCUGUGGAGUCGCCUGUUGCAGAUGCUGCUGCACUGGAAACGCCUGUUGAAGAGACUUCUGAGACUCUUGUAACCGAGAUUCCUGUCAAGAAGACUCCAGCAGUUGCAGUACCCAAAGCGAAGAGUGCGACUUGUGCCAAGGAGACUCCAGUCACUGAGGAACCUGCUGUUGAGACUCCUGUAGCUGCAGUUUCCGCAGCCAGCAAUGAAACUUCUGCUACAAAAACUCCUCCUAACGCGCCUAUUGAGGAGACUCCUGCUACAGAAACAGCUGCGAUUGAGACGCCUUCAAUGGAGGAGCCACCUGCAGCUGCAGUUAACGCAUCGAAGAACCAGUGCCCCGACAAGGAAACUCCCGCAAUUCCAUCCACUGGCAUUGAGAUUCCCAUCCUACCCCCACAUGGCUCCAUACACGAUUCUCUAAUUGUGGCAGCCACCUCAAAGCCUUCGAGCAUUUUGUACGCCCAGCCAGACUCCACAAAGACGGACAACAGUGAGGAUAUGGUGCUGGAGGCGGCCAUGAAUGAGUUGACGGGCGAGCAGGAGCCAGUGCCGAGUGCCGUCAACACAAGCUAUCCAAAUCUCACGCUCGCCGAGGACACCAUCGAAAUGGCGCUGCAGCAGCUGCAUCAGACAUCGCCGGACGAAACGAAAGUGACUUCCACAUCCAACAAAUCCCAACAGACGCCGCAAACGGACUUGGUGCAAACUCUGACCGCAUCUCCGCUGCAGCUGAGUCCAGGGAAGUCCACGCCCAAGGGCAGGAAGACGACGCCAAUGACAACGCCAGAGAAACUGCGAGUGGAGAAGACGCCGCUGAAGAAGCGAAAGGUUCACAUGCCCGAGGACGAGGUGCUGGUGCCGCAGACACCACCAUCACCAGUCCAGCCAGCGACAGCGCUCCGCAACGAGGCAUCGCCCACGCUGCAGCACGUGACCAUCGAUGAGACGCUGGAUGGGAGCAUCAAUCACAGCUUCGGCAGUGACACCUCCGUGGUGACGAAACGCUGCUCCAUGGGCUCCACGGACUACCAGUUCGAGCGCAUCAACGACGAGAUCGUGCUGCGUGUCUCGCGACGCCGACGACGACCGCGUCCCUCCCAAGCACCGCCACUAGACGAUGGUGAAAAGAGUGCCACAACAUAAAUAAUUGUUGUUACAUUUAGUUUUUAUGUUAUAAGAGGAUCUAGUCUGUAAAUUGUUUUCUCUUUUUUUUAAGCUUUCAACUGUUGAAUAUCGCAUAAGGAAAAGGACAAACUAUUUUUCGUUCACUGAAAUUUGUUUGUGGCAAAUUUUUGUGCUCUCUUGAACUCCCUGAAUUAGUGGAAUUUUUGGAAUUUAAUUUGAUUUACCAUUAACCAAGACCUUAAGUGGAUAUAAAACUGAUUUAAGCUGUUAAAAAUAUUGAUAGAACAUGCUGUAAUAUAUGUGCCCAUGGAGGGACUUUAAGUUUAUUUUCAAU